CAUAUUUUAUUUGCUAUAAAACCUCUCGCAGUCACACUUUCCUCGCAAAUUCUCCACCCACAAAAUCUCUCUCUCUCUCACAGAAUCAGAAACAUGGAGGUUUCAGAGAGGAAGCCUUGUUUCAUCGAAGAAGAAGACGAGUUGGCUUCUUCUUUAUCGGACAUGGAAGCUGGGUUUUCAAGUAACAGGGGAAACUCACAAAACGACAACGUUUCAAGUCCUUUCUCUUACGUGAGGAUGAACAGUUUCAGCAAAAACACCAACUCUUAUUACAACAACUACCACCAUCCAAGUUAUUAUCACCAUCAAUACUCUGUUUCCUCUCCGAGAUCUAUUUUUUCCGGAAGAUUCGAUAACCAACAGCCUCAUUUCUUGGACUCGUGUUUCCUCUGUAUGAAACCACUUGGUGAUAACAGAGACAUCUAUAUGUACAGAGGAGACACACCGUUUUGUAGUGAAGAGUGUAGACAAGAACAGAUAGAGAGAGAUGAAGCAGAAGAGAAGAAACAGAAUCUUUCUUACUCUGUUAAAUCAGCAAUGACGAGAAAAGAACAACGAAGCUCUUCUUCUUCUUCUUCUCCAACUAGAUCUGGUGAUUAUGCAUGUCACAACGGAACUGUUGCUGCUGCUUGAAAUUCUGAAUCUGAUGGUGAUGACUUUGGAACGUAUGAUAUAAUACUAAUUAAAAAGGGAAACAAAAAAAAAUGAAGAAGUGAGAUUGUGUCUUAAAGUGUCAAAUCUGGUUUUGGGAUUCUCUUUUGAUCUUUUCUAAAUCUGAAGAUCGUUUUGCUUUAGCUUGAAGUUUCAGGGAAAGCUAAAGAUCUACCAGCUUUUUUAUUUAGUUUUCUUUUUUUUUUUAAACUUGAAUGUUUUGGGAGUAUAUGAGAAGAGAGAAAUUGUAAAUGUCUGUGUAAGUUUAAAAGUCCAUGGCAUGCUUGAGUAAUCUUUUCGUGUAUCUUUUGGGUAAGAAAACAAAUACAUAUGUAACAGUAUUACAUGUUCAACCAUGAAAAUAUAUGUACAAGGUUAUUUUAAUUCAUAUAAGCUUUACCGUUUA